CUUCGCCUUUUUAACUCUACCAUAGUGUGUACGAUUUGACACUGAGAUGAUUUACCCUAGCCGUUACGCGGUGUUGCUUCCGUACUGCAUGCCGCCGCGUCGUACAAUAAUUGAGCCUCAGACAAACCUAUUCUCCGCUUCUUCGUUGGUUUCCCUUUUCUUUAGCUCAAAUAUGGUAUCAGUCCGUAUGCUUUUCUGCCUCUCAAUAAGCAUGAGGAUCAUCUGCAUUUACGAAUGUUGAGUUGCUGUCAUAUCUAUAACUUCUACUUGUCGCCUGUACAGCAUCUUGCAUUUCUUUCGAUAUAUUUGUUGUGGCGGUCUAUACGUGUCUACUCUGUCCAUGGAGGAGUAAUGAGGCGCUUCUACUGCUCUUCUUCAAACUCGUCAGGGACUAUUCUAUAAGAUAGUGGUCAUUCCUUCUGGCGAUAUGAAACAAACAUUAGCGAAGUGGUAAUGCAUGACUGCCAGACGAUAAUCGGUCAUACCGCUCUGCCUCAGGCACUAUUGUCACGGCGGUGCUUUGACCAUGACAUAUGUCAAUACUGACCGCUAACGCUCUCUUGCUAUAGACACUAGUGGCGUAUGGUAACUCUCCUCCAUUCUUGAUGAGUCCGCCACCUGCUCUGAGGUUCUUGCGCCACCGGUAAUGUUGUUCUGGACGUCAUUCUUUGUGUUUCGCCGUGCUAGGGUUAUCGCAGUUACUCUCUAUUGGUUGGAAGCAAGCAUACUCCGAGGAGGUACUGUGUUAUUAUUGACUUUAACACAUAGACAGGAAGACAGUUGUCCGAAGUCGUUCAUCUCUCUCCCGCCUAUAACACAAUGUUGACAGACCCAGCUCUCCAGCGACUCUUAGACCAGAACCACAAAUGGGCGGAUGAUUUUGAGAGAGAGCAUCCCGGAUUCUUCAAGAAGAGUGCGGAACACCAACAUCCUAAGGUCCUAUGGCUCGGAUGUUCCGAUUCACGGGUUCCAGAAUCCGUCAUUACCGCGGCGUUCCCUGGCGAAAUCUUCGUCCAACGGAAUAUCGGCAAUCAAUGUAUUCUGAUAGAUGAUAACUUUCUCUCCGUCCUCGAGUACGCCCUGUCAGAACACGUCGGGGUCGAGCACGUCGUUAUUACGGGCCACACCAACUGUGGCGCCUGUCAAGCUGCUCUGGACGCCAUCCAUACUCCCUGCCCUAAACCCAUUCCGGAGCCUCCAACUUCGCUCGAUCGCUGGCUCAUUCCUCUUAUCAACCUCGCUCGUACUUUACCACCUGAUGAAGCGACGGUCAACGUGCUCGUUAGGAAGAAUAUCUGGCAACAGGUCGAGAACAUGGCGAAUUCCAACCCCGUGCAGAGGAAUUGGAGGAAUGGCGGGAAUGUGAGUAUACACGGGUGGAUAUAUCAGUUGGAUAAUGGGUACUUGACUGAGUUGUUCGAGAUCCGGAAGGGUGACAAGAUUGGCGGUGAGGCCUGAAGCACCCUGUGGAGCUGCAGAGCCCAUUUUCAGUGCUUGAUGACUUUUCUCUGUUUUCCUCGCUGUGUAGCAUUUCUGUUGUGAGGCACCACGAUUUUACUCUUUCGACCUUAUUUCAUGAGGCGCAUCUAGCGCUGAGACGUAGAACUUGGAAUUUUGGAAGUUGAACGUUAACGAUUGCC